GUCUCGCUAAAAAUUCCGAGCAGCUCAAAACCGCGCGCGUCGAACUCUGAGCCCAGCAGAUUUUUCCGUGUGUUUUUAUUUUUUCAGCGGCGCGCGUGCGCGCUGUGAGCAUCACAGCACAGAGCGGCUUUGCCUGUUUUCUGCCCAGCUCUGCCUGUUUUCCGCCCAGCUCUGCCUAGCUCUCCCAGCGCGCUUCUUCUCUCUCCAACAACACCUCCUCGCGCUCGCGUACGCUCGGUGUGGAAGACAAAGAUUUCACUCGUUGCACAAUUUCACCUCCUCCACUGGACCCUCCCAGGUGUGCUCGCUUGGUGAGAAGAUUGGCCGCAAUGAACAUAUUCCUGUACAGGCUGAAGAGAGCGUUCCACAAGAGAGGCACCGUGCUGGUGGUGCUGCUGAUCGUGCUGGGCUUGUUUGCGUACCAGCUAGUGGUGGUGCCUCAAGGGACGGGCACUAUUGCACAACAACGGGUAGGCGAAGAGCACCAGCAGCACGGGCAGUCACAGCAGGCGGAGGUGGCUGCUGGCGACGGUGAGACGGUCCCCUUCUACAAGAUGAACCGUGGGAAGGCGCACGGUGGUGAGCAGCACCAGGAUCAACAACCACACGGUAAACAAGCAGGACAGCAGGUGUACGAGGCCGAGAAGGAACAAGAGCAGCAGAAGCAGCAGCUACGAGAAUCACAACAACAGCAGCAGCCACAAGGAGAGAAGCAAGCACAGGUCGACACGCUCACCGGGCUGAAGAACUCACGGUUGAAGGAACUGCUGCUCAUGGACAGCGAGACGUUUGGAAGAAGGGCCGCAGCUGCUCAGAAGUUCUACAACGCUGUGUUUGACAUAUUCUUGAAGGGGAAGCCGUCCAUUGGUAAGCUGAACAAGUAUAAGACGGAGGACCGUAUAUACCACGCAGGGUACGAUGGUCCUUCUGAAAUCGUGUUCACGGAGGAGUACCUGCGAGGGUUCCUCCAGCUCUCUGGCGAUGAGGUGUCGAGCUUGAAACAGUCACAUGCCACCGUGGUGGAGAACUUGCCCAAGAGUGCUCCAGGUGGCAUCUAUAAGGGGAACGGGAUCGUAUACGUCGGUGGUGGUAAAUUCAACUGGCUGGCGUUGCUGUCGAUCAAAUCGUUGAGAUCAUUGGGCUCCACUCUACCUGUGGAGGUUGUUAUACCUUCUGAAGAUGAGUACGAAAUCGACCUCUGUACGAGGAUCUUCCCGGCUUUGGAUGCCAAAUGUAUCCUCUUGCCACAUGCUCUCGGUGACACGGCAACGUCGAAGUUCCAAUUCAAAGGAUACCAGUACAAAGCGUUGGCGAUAAUGGUGUCAUCCUUUGAGAACGUGCUGCUACUGGACUCAGAUAACAUACCAGCACACGCACCAGACUACCUCUUUGAGAAUGAGCCCUUCAAGAGCUCAGGGCUUAUAACAUGGCCAGACUUCUGGAGACGUGCAACUUCUCCAAUGUUCUAUGAAAUUGCAAACAUUGAAGUUACGAACGAAAGGGUAAGAUUUGGCUAUGACGAUCGUGAUAAGGACUUGGAGGAAGUGUCGUUCCAUGACAGAAAGGGCACAAUCCCAGAUCCUACCUCUGAAUCUGGCCAGCUUAUGAUCUCAAAGAGAACUCAUUCAAGAGAGUUGCUGUUGGCUCUCUACUACAACCUGUAUGGGCCUGAUUAUUACUACCCACUGCUGUCACAAGGCUCUGAUGGUGAAGGUGACAAAGAGACGUUCCUUGCUGCCACCGUGGCUCUGGGCUCUCCUUCGUACCAGGUGAAGAAGUUCCUGAAUGCGUUUGGUCAUUUCAACCUGGAACACGAUUUUGUUGGCUGUGGAAUGGGCCAGUACGAUCCAGUGGAGGACUAUAACCUGGAGCUGAGUAAGAAGAGACGUGAGCAGCUGAGCAAAGAUUUGGAUCAAGACCUGCCACCUUUGGCAAAGGACCCUCGCAUACUGUUUGUUCAUGCAAACUUCCCAAAGUUGAACCCAGUGACUCUGAAGGAAGAAGGGAAGGUCUUUGAAUCAAACGGUGAAAGACUGCGACUCUAUGGUCCAGGUAUGGCUAAGAGGGUUGGAUACGAUUUCGAACUGAUCCAGUGGAGAAACAUGCACUUCCUCGUUUGCGAGUUGAAGAUUGAGCUCAGUGCAUUUAACGGCCAGGAUUAUAGCACGGUUUGUAAGGAAAUCCUCGACCAACUGGACCACUUGGAGAGAACAGUCAAGGAUAACGAGAGAGAUUGAAUAGAUUUGUAAAGUAUCCAUUAAU